UCCAACAAUUCAUCCUCCGUGAUUUGUGAUAGAACCACCAUCGAACGCGAACGCGCCAUCACGAGAACUAUGCCGGCAACAUGGACACCACAAACGUAUCAGAUCCGCUUCAGCAACUUGAAGCAGCGAAUAAGACGCCCAUCGCAGAUUUAGGUCCAGAACUUUCAGAUCUGCCUUCUCGUUCCGUCCGUGGUGUCGUUACAAUCACAUGGCCCUACAGCUCAGUUAAAGGCACAUUUUCCUUCAUCCUCGCCGAACCAGACUAUCGCCUCCGUCGAAAUAAAGGACAGGUUCGAAUAAACUUAAAUGGAGCUGCAGCUAAAGCAGCUGGAGAAAGUGGAUUGAGCAGUAGUGAUCAGGUACUCGUGAGUUUGGGCGGUGUUGAGUGGGAACCCGAAGAAACGAAGAAGCGCCAGAGUCUACCAGGUGCUGGAAUCGACUGGCAAUUGAAAAUCUCGGAUAAACUCUUACUACAGGUCAUCCUAGCUGAGACUGGGGAAACUAAACUCAUCUCUGUCGAUCAUUCCCUACCACCGCCGGAACCUCAACAGCGAGUCGCGACACCACCAGCCGAUAUAGGACGCGUCGAAGACACUACGACUCAGACCCUCGAAGAACUCACGCCGCCUAGCAAGUCCCUCAUUGCAAAAUUCAAAGAUGGUGAAUAUGAAUCUCCGGCUUUCGUUAAGAGAGCCCGAAUGUCAUAUGGUUCAUUAUUUGAAGACGGUUACGACAUAUUUGAGGAUGAUGGUGGAGUCAAAGGAAGAGGCCGAAAGAGGACGAGAUUUGGCCGUGAGAGCGGUGCAUGGAAGUAUAGCAGCCAGUCUCCUAGUCCUGAGCCUGCGUCCCCCCCAAGUCGUGCAAGCUCGUCGCCGAAACCUGGGAUGACUGACGAGGGAUGCCAAACUAUGGAAAUCGAUUAUUUCCCUAUGGAAUUGCCUGUGCCGACAGCCUCGUUCGCUGAUGGGGUUCCGCACAGCUCAGAACCAAUACAGAGCGAAGAGCACGUUGUUCAUUCUCAACACGGAAUGGUGGACCAUGGUAUUCAAGGAGGGUUCGAUAGCGGAUGGCCGGCUCCGAUACCCACAAUUCUGCCUCCGUUUAAUCCAAGUGGUGUGCUUCCUAGUAGUGGUGCUGAAAUGCCCGCGUUCCAACAUGUCCACCAAGAGAAUGAUGUCGAUGAUGACCUUCAAGGAUGGGAUCCUAAUCUUAAGCCGAUAGAUCCCCCACCCGAAGGUUAUCCACCCCCUACCGAACCGCCGCCACCACGUCCCGAAACUACAGCCUAUCCGCCUUUAGAGCCCGAGGACGAAGAGCGACCCAUUUCCGAUUCAUCAAGGGACCAUAUUCACUAUCCUCCUUCAUAUUUAGAGGACACUCACCCCUUUUCACAAGGGCAGGCCAUGGAGGUUGAACAUGAUGCGUUUGUCCCAGAGAUCCCCACAACUACAAGCGUGGAGCCUUCCUCGUGGGCUACAGUCAACAAUCCAUCUCAGGCAACUGCCGUUCCACAUAUCGAACGCUUUGGUAGUGCCGAAGGCGACUCCGUAGAGAAUGCAGUUGUCAUAGAUGAGAGUGAUUCGGAUGGAGAGCCGCCACCGCCAACCGCCGCAGAGGACACAGUCAUGUCCGGCCGUGCCGACACCCUUGAAAUGUACGAGGAUGCCGAAGUUGAAGAUGAAGUAGACGCCGAGUAUUCAGACGAUGACGAACCUGAAUAUGAUGCAGAUGAAAUGGGCGGUGAUUAUGAUACACGGAUUUACGAAGCGCCGGAUGACGACGAGGACGAUAGUCAUGACGAGGAUUUACAAUCCCAUAACCUAGAACCCGAAUUUGAUGAUGGUGCCAGCUGGGAAGGAGAAGGUGAAGAUGCAGAAAAUCCUGACUAUGAUAGCGAAUAUGAUAUGGAUGAAGAGGAGGAGCCUGAGCGCCCCUCCCGAACCAUCUCACAGUCUGCUCCUCAGGUUAUUGACCUUAUUUCAAGUUCGGAAGGCGAAGACGAGGACGAAGAUGAUGACGAAAGUCCCCAACCGGGCCCAUCUUCGCAAGUUCCUCCUAGAAGUACAUAUCGAAGCCCACUAGGAAUGGCGCCACCAGCCCAAGCAAUUGGACCGGGCUAUAGUAGUGGGGGCCAAGAAGAAGGAAGCGAAGACGGAGAGGAUCAUGAAGACAAUUACGACGAGGAAGAGGAAGAAGAAGAAGAGGACGGACAUAAAAAUGAUGCCCAGUCGCAACGCUCAUUCGACGGACCAGAUUCUCCAAGCCCCACGAACAACAACGAAGGUAUUCAGAGUACCCUCGAGGGACGUGGGGAAGUGAAGGUGAUUUCCGAUACUGGCGACGAAGAGGAAGCUAACGUUCCACAAUCUGCGGCUGAGGGACUCGAGAUCCUAAGCCGAACUGUCGAAGGCGAAUCGAACGCCAAUCGACUUGCAAAGCCCGAGGAAAUGCAAGAUGAAGAAAUUGUGGAUGUUCCUUCACCAAAAGUUACCGAAUCUACGGUGGAGCAUGAGCAAAUACAAGAAUCGGUAGAUGAUGAACUACAAGAUGCCCAGGAUGAUGAGGAGUCCGUUGAUAUGGUGUCUACCGUGCCAGAUGCCGCUCCCGAGCAGCGUCAUGUUGCAUUAGACGAGAAGAAACACGUGGAAACCGUUGCUCCAUCGUCUCCCCCAAUGACACAAUCGUUCGCGUCCCAAGCUGCCAACGAAAGAAAAAUUGAUCUCGAAUCACCCACCAUUACAGGCCCUCACAGCCAAGAAAACCAACUUCCAACGCCUCGAGAUACCCAAUUAGUUGGUGAUAUUGCUAUCCUAGAUCCCGUGACGGUCAUUUCCAUGGAGGUUGAUGAGCCAGACGAAGUCAAUUCAACGGAGCAUAAUACGAUGAUGGAUCAUGAGGAGUCACCUGCGAUCGCACAAUUGGUCGCCGUGGAGCCAACGUCAGUAGUUGUCGAAGACAUCGCUGAGCAGAUCGAGGAACGCCUCAUUGAAACCAUCCCAUUCGAGCGCCAAGAAGUUCCUCUGAAAGAUACUAAAGAGAUCACACAACAUGAUAACUUGCCAGUCUCACCAAGUAUUAGCUUUCAGACCCAGCUUGAUGCUGAUGACAUGGCACAAACUAGUUUCACCGAAUCUGGCCAUAAGAUUUCUAUCGAGAUCGAGACUAAUGAUGAUAUCCACUCAGAUAACGAGGCUGACGUAUCUGGCGCUAGUAUCUCGUUUAGAUCACAGAUGGAAGUUGAUGAAGAACUGCAGGCUAGUAUCCUAGAAUAUUCUCAAGAUUUCGGCAGCGUGAAUACGGAGGUAACAGAGGAGUACGAGAUUGGUAGUGAACCUCAGGGCCGCGAGGAUGAAAUCCCUAUGGAGGUUGAACCUUCCCUUAAGGCCUUUAGGGAUCCAUCUCCAGAUCUUGGAUCUCAGGAAGAAGAGCGACAGGUCUCUCAGGGACCUGUUUCAACUAUUGCACAAACCGAUAUGUCCGAAUCAUCUGAGAUCGAUGCGAGUGCACAACUUGCGCGAGCGGCGAACAAAUCCAAGCGAAAUGGAAGGCAACAUGGCGUGGCAAAGAAUAUGCACGCAGAAAUGAGAUCGAUUCCUACUUCCGUAACGCCUACGCCUUCUCUGGAAGAUUCGAGUGUGCAGCUAGCUAGAGCUUCCUUAAACAAGCAAGCUCAAGGAGAGGAAGAAAGCAGCUCAAUGGUAGCAAUAAAACGAAAGCUAACACGUUAUCUACGAGAUCAACUACCAGACUGCACGCAACUCAAAAUUCUGCGGCAGCACAUUCAAAAGAAGCUAGAUGUCAUCGCGGUUGCCAUGAUGCAACCUCCUGACCCACAAAGGGCCAAAGGUGGCCCACGUGAGUUCAUGAUGUCUUUCACUAUUACGGAUAACUCGAUUGGUCCCUUCAAAGUAGCGGAAGUGCAGAUUUAUAGGCCACACAUAGAGACCUUGCCGAUCGUCAAAGCUGGCGACGUUGUGCUCCUUCGCAAUUUCAAGGUUGUCUCGCUCCAAGGCAAGGAAUUCGGCCUACGCACAACUGAUGAGUCAAGCUGGGCUGUUUUCGACCACGAGGAUCAACCGGCGCAGAUCAAAGGACCACCAGUCGAGUAUGGAGAGAAGGAGACAACCUAUGUUGCACUCCUACGAGCAUGGUUUAAUAUGCUGGACGAGAUGGCUAGGGUAAAGCUCGAACGAGCUAACAAGAAGAUUAUCGACGCAGGCAAGUCCAAGUAGGGCGGGUCGACUCGCGUGCCUGCUGUUGGCUUCGAUACCCACUUGGUCAUCAUACUCAUAUCUUGUGGUAUUGUCUUUGCAUCACAUGGCUUUUGUAUGACUUUUUUGCUAUUAUUCUUUACAAUACAGUUAAUUCUAGGUGUCAGGGCUUAAGAGGAAAGAGAAAAGGGACGGGGAUUCGUCUGGUGUUUAGGGGGUUGGAGCAAGCAUGCUGGGACUUGAGCCUUAAUAGUAUACCCAAAUGAUAUUCCUAAUAUUUAUGCAUAUGCGUUGGUUUCAUGGUCGAUAUAUGAAUGUUGAUUGUAAAUUGUGAUGAGAACCUUAGGUAAGCGUGGCUUUAGCGAGGCGCUAUAA